AUGUCUACUUUGCAUCAGAGAAUCCAUUCAGAAGAAAAACAAUAUAAAUGCUUGGAAUGUGGAAAGCGCUUCCGCAGGCGAGCACACCUCACUGUGCACCAGAGAGUCCACUCCAAAGAGAAACCAUAUAAAUGCUUGGAGUGUGGAAAGAACUUCGCUCACAAACAUGGAUUGACUUCCCAUCAGAGAAUCCACACACAGGAGAAGCCAUAUGUGUGCUUGAAGUGUGGAAAGAACUUUACUCACAAACAUGGACUCACUUCCCAUCAGAAAAUCCACACAAAGGAGAAGCCAUAUUUCUGCUUGCAGUGUGGGAAAACCUUCCGUUGGAGUUCAGGCCUCACUCGCCAUCAAAGAAUCCACACAAAGGAGAAGCCAUAUUUGUGCUUGAAGUGUGGGAAAACCUUCCGUUCGAGCACAACCCUCACUUCCCAUCAGAGAAUCCACACAAACGAGAAGCCAUAUGUGUGCUUGGAGUGUGGGAAAACCUUCCGUUGGCGCAAUACCCUCACUUUCCAUCAGAGAAUCCACACAAAGGAGACGCCAUAUGUGUGCUUGGAGUGUGGGAAAACCUUCCCUGUGAGGUCAUCCCUCACUUCACACCUGAGAAUACACUCAGGGGAGAAACCAUACAAGUGCACGGUAUGUGGGAAAUGCUUUAGUCAGAGUUCCCACCUUAGUUCCCACCGAAGAAUCCAUUCUGGAGAGAAACCCUAUCAAUGCCAGGAGUGUGGAAAAGGCUUCAGUCAGAGUUCACACCUGAACGUACACCUAAGAAUCCACACGGGAGAGCAGCCAUAUAAAUGCCUGGAUUGUGGGAAAAGCUUCAGUCAGAGCUUAAGCCUUAGGGUACAUCAAAGAGUCCACACAGGGGAGAAGCCGUAUAAAUGCAUGGAAUGUGGGAGAAGCUUCAGUUCCAGCUCACACCUGACUAUGCAUCAAAGAGUCCACACAGGGGAGAAGCCAUAUACAUGCAUGGAAUGUGGGAGAAGCUUCAGUUACAGCUCAACCCGUACUUUGCAUCAAAGAGUCCACACAGGGGAGAAGCCGUAUGAAUGCAUGGAAUGUGGGAAAAGCUUCACUUCUAGCCAGUACCUUAAAAAACACAAAAGAAUCCACACAGGGCAGAUGCCAUAUAAAUGCCUGGAUUGUGGGAAAAGCUUCAAUCAGAGCUCAAGCCUUAAGGUACAUCAAAGAGUCCACACAGGGGAGAAGCCGUAUAAAUGCAUGGAAUGUGGCAGAAGCUUCAGUCGGAGCUCAACCCUUACUUUACAUCAAAGAGUCCACACAGGGGAGAAGCCAUAUAAAUGCCUGGAUUGUGGGAGAAGCUUCAAUCAGCACUCAAACCUUAAGCUACAUCAAAAAGUCCACACAGGAGAGAAGCCAUUUAAAUGCAUGGAAUGUGGAAAGAGUUUUGGCAGUCGUUCACAGUUUACAUCACACAAGAGAACUCACAUGGGAUAA